UGACAUUUCUAUGUAAACAAACAAAUUUUGCAAUUGUUUUAUUAUUGUGUAUAAAAAAUAUAAAGAAAAAACAUGAAUCCUUUAGAAAAAAUCCAUGUUUUAGAUGAAAUUGAAAAGGAAAUAAUAUUAUGUCUACAAAGUGCCGGUUUGGCACUUCAAGAACUAAGCAAAGAAAAAUCUUCACAGAAAAAUGCCGAAACCCAGACACAACAAUUCACCAAAUCCCUGUCAAAUGUGGAAAUGAAACUUAGCGAACAAAUCAAUUAUCUAACACAAGUAUCAACAGGUCAGCCUCAUGAGGGUUCUGGUUAUGCCUCAGCUAAAGUUCUACAAAUGGCUUGGCAUCGUAUAUCUCAUGUAAGGUCUAGAGUUAGAGAAUUAGAGGAGACAAAAGCCAAGUAUACACAUGCCGCUAGACAACAACAGCAACAAAGGCAGCAACAGCAUGCUGCUCAACAGGCUGCCGCCGCUGCCCAACAACAGCAGCAGCAAAUGGCUCAACAGCAGCAGCAACAACAGCAAUCCCAUCAACAAGAUUCCGGUUCAGCGGGAGGUUCUAAUGCAAAUACAGGCGGUGGAAUUAUGCCGCAAGAUGUAACAAUGCAGCAAAGUGGUGGAAAUUAAAAUGUUUUUUAAACUAAAGCUUGUUUUCUUUAUAAAUAGUUGCAAAAUUUAGGCUAUUUGUUUCUAACUCUCCGACACCCAAUAACAUCCUGCAAAUCUGUAAAUUCUAAUGCGAAUACAGGUGGUGGUAUUAUGCCCCAAGAUGUAACAAUGCAGCAAAGUGAUGGAAAUUAAAAUGUUUUUUUUUUUAACUAAA